AUGGUCCUUAAUAUUUCCCCCCUCAAUCGCUCCUCUUACUCUUCUAUAACUUCUUCCAUCAUAUCCCCUGCUAGACGAGCACCACCAGCACCAGCAUGCUUCUCCCGUCGCAGUCUAGUCAGCUACAGAGCUACCGCACCCACCUAUGGCGUCGUGACACCUCUUCCUAAAAACCGCACGCCCACUCCUCUCGCUUCCUUUCCCUUCCACUUCCAAACUGGCUACGCCCUGUGUCCCAAAAGACCUUCCCGCCCGUUCCCGCCGCCCUUCGUGUCAAACCCGUCUACCUCCUUUUCCGACCCUCUGACAACCCACUUUCGAAGUCAGGAUAAGCGACCGUCCGUAAGAGGGGAGCUGAUCCGGGGCUUGACGAAUGGUGAUGAUGCAAUUCUUGUGUCGGAGAACUACCUGGGUGUCAAUGAUGGGGUGGGAGCUUGGGCAACCAAGCCGCAAGGUCAUGCAGCUCUGUGGUCCCGACUUAUCCUUCACUUCUGGGCCCUAGAAGUCGAGCGCAACGUAAACGAAUACUCCCCUCCCGAUGUCGUCUCGUACCUACAACGCGCCUACGAACUGACCGUCGAAGCUACUACGACUCCAAAUGAGUGGCUGGGCACCACAACCUCCACUACGGCUGUGCUCCACUAUACCACAAAUUCAGGCGCGCCCGCGCCGAUGCUCCACGUAACGACGCUGGGCGAUUGCCAGCUGCUGGUGAUUCGCCCGAGCGAACAACGCGUCGUGUUCAAAACGGAGGGCCAGUGGCAUUGGUUCGAUUGUCCCAUGCAGCUGGGCACGAAUAGCAUAGACACGCCUAAGGAAAAUGCGCAAUCGACACAGGUCGAGUUGCAGGAGAAGGACCUCGUCGUAGCUGUGUCGGACGGCGUGGUGGAUAAUUUGUGGGAACAUGAGGUGAUGAAGGUGGUUCUGGAUAGUUUGGAGGAGUGGGAUUCUGGGAAGAAGAAAGAUGCCGAUAUGUUUGCCGAUCAGCCUGCUGAUGGAAACGGUGGGGUUGUCUAUGCUGCCCGAAAUUUACUCCAGGCUGCGAAGGCGAUUGCGCAGGAUCCGUUUGCGGAAAGUCCGUACAUGGAGAAAGCUAUAGACGAGGGGUUGACUAUCGAAGGGGGCAAGAUGGAUGAUAUCAGUGUGGUUAUUGGAAGGUGUAUGAAGCGGAACCAAUGA